ACCCCACCACCGUAUUUAACCAGGGUUAAAUUCUUACCCAAAUAAAACUCGAGCCUUUAAACCAAGGUCCCCAAAUCCACUUGAGGAUUUCGAAGUCCCUACGCGAAACAGAAACGAAAACAGAACAAACCCAGUUUCUUCUCUCCUCCUUAAACACAGGAUUGCUUGAAAGCCCGAAGCUUUGGUUCUUUGAAUGGCGUCCCUGUUUGGUUUUUGAAACAUAAAAAACAGAGAGAUACUUUGUUUCGGUUGUUUGGGUUUUCCGGGAAAAAAAUAGAACUAAAAAAACUGUCACUUUCCCGGGAAAUGGUUUCAGUGCCCAAGAGUGUUCCUUUAUUGCCUUAUCUAAUUGCUUCCUCAUUGAUCCCAUUGCAGAAACUGUGAUGAAGAUGGAGAUGAGUUUAGGUGGUGGGGUUUGGAAAGAUGAAGACAAGGCCAUGGUGGCUGCAGUUUUAGGUGCUCGGGCUUUUGCAUACUUGUUUUCUAGCUCUGUUUCUUCGAAUGAGAAUUCAUGCAUGGGAAUGGGGACAGAUGAGAGCUUACACAGCAAGCUUUCAGAUCUUGUGGAGCGCCCAAACGUCUCCAAUUUCAGCUGGAACUACGCGAUUUUCUGGCAGAUUUCGAGGUCCAAUUCCGGGGAUUGGGUACUGUGUUGGGGGGAUGGGGCUUGUAGGGAGCCCAAGGAAGGUGAGGAGUCUGAUGCUUCGAGGAUUUUGAGCCACAGGGGUGAGGAUGAGACUCAGCAGAAAAUGAGGAAGAUAGUGCUGCAGAAGUUGCACACUUUGUUUGCGUGUACUGAUGAGUUCAAUGGUGCUCUUGGGUUGGACCGUGUUACUGAUGCUGAGAUGUUCUUGCUUGCGUCUAUGUAUUUUUCGUUUCCGAGAGGGGAAGGUGGCCCGGGGAAGUGUUUGGCGUCAGGGAAGCAGGUGUGGCUCUCAGACAUGCUGAAGUCGGGGUUUGAUUACUGUGUCCGAUCGUUUAUGGCCAAGUCUGCUGGAAUCCAGACCAUUGUUUUAGUCCCAACAGAUAUUGGUGUGGUUGAACUGGGUUCAGUAAGAUGUAUAGCCGAGAAUUUGGAAAUGGUGCAGUCAAUAAGGUUAUUAUUUUCGACGCAGGCCUCACUGGCAAGGGCUAAGCCAAUGGGAGUGUUGCCAGUAAUGAGCAACAAGAGAGAUGAGGUUGCUGCUCAUCAAAAUAAUUUAAGCAGUGUGGAGAGAGGAGGGGUAGGAGUUCCCAAGAUAUUCGGCCAAGAUUUAAACUCGGGGAACCCAGGGCGCCCUCAGUACAGGGAGAAACUUGCUGUGAGGAAGGUGGAAGAGAGGCCAUGGGAUUCCUAUUCAAACGGGAACAGGAUUGCAUUUUCCAGUCCUCAAAUUGGAAUUCAUGGUUUGAGUUCGGGGCAAAGUCAUGUUGGUGUGAAACAAGGGAGUCAUGCCGGGGGUUUUGCUUCACAAGGACCUGUAAAUAAUUUGCAGGAGCUUGCCAAUGGAGCCAGGGAUGACCUUCGGCUCAAGCCCUAUCAGCCACAAAAGCAGACGCCUAUGCAAAUUGACUUUUCCGGGGCUACUUCAAGACCUUCGUCAGUUGCACGACCCAUUGUUGUUGAAUCAGAGAAUUCAGAUGCUGAAGCUCCAUGCAAGGAAGAGCUGCCAGGCACAGCUGAAGAGAGGAGGCCAAGGAAACGGGGUAGGAAGCCAGCAAAUGGAAGAGAAGAGCCCCUCAAUCAUGUUGAAGCAGAAAGGCAGCGACGUGAGAAGCUGAACCAGCGCUUUUAUGCUCUGCGAGCUGUUGUGCCAAACAUAUCCAAGAUGGACAAAGCAUCCUUGUUGGGAGAUGCCAUUGAUUACAUCACUGAGCUUCAGGCAAAGGUUAAAUUUAUGGAAUCUGAGAGGGAGAGCGUAGGAGGCACUUCAAGAGAUACUUCAGCUUUGGUUGCUAACCCAAGUUCAGAAAAUCAAAUCCGGCCUCCCCAUGUCGACAUUCAAGCUGUGCAUGAUGAGGUUAUUGUAAGGGUGAGCUGCCCUUUAGAUUCACAUCCUGUAUCAAGAGUCAUCCAAGCACUGAAAGAAGAGCAAAUCAGUGUUGUUGAUUCGAAAUUCACCGCAGCAACCGAUUCUGUGCUCCAUACAUUUGUUGUCAAAUCUCAAGGAUCUGAACAAUUGACGAAGGAGAAGUUGAUUGCAGCAUUUUCCAGGGAAUCCAACUCCUUACAAUCAUUGUCAUCUGUUGGUUAGUACUGAGAAUUGCGAUUAACAUAGUCCAUAGGUUAAUUGUAGUGAAGAGCCCUAAUUAAAAGUUUCUUUAAGAGGUUUUGAUAUACAGCAGGUAUCCUAAAAGGAAUAGCAUUGCUAGCUAGAAGUAGAAUGACCAUGUAGUGAGCAAAUUUCCUGUGAUUAUUUUAUAGCAUACAUAGUUUGCCGUAA